CAACAAUCCAGAUCAUCACUAGCCACUCCACCCUCAACGUCACCCCAUUCAAGAUCGCCCCUCUGUCGCAAAUCAUCCUUUCCGUGAUACCUCUCCGCUAUCUCCCUUCUCAACCCGACCACACCCGUCUCCACCAUCAUCAUGCAGGCUGCCCAGCAGUCCUGGGAGUUCGAGAAUGCCAUCAGCCUGAUAGACCCGCAACGCGACACUCUCUACCAAUACGAUGAAGAAACGCACAAGGCCCUCUCCGCCGCCCGCCCCUGGGCCAAAGACCCGCACUACUUCAAAUCGAUCCGGAUAUCAGCCGUCGCGCUGCUCAAGAUGGUGAUGCACGCCCGCUCCGGCGGAUCCCUCGAAGUGAUGGGCCUCAUGCAAGGAUACAUCCUCCCGGAGACAUUCGUCGUCACCGACGCCUUCCGACUCCCCGUCGAGGGGACCGAAACGCGAGUCAACGCCCAAGACGAAGCCAACGAAUACAUGGUCUCAUAUCUACAGUCGUGUCGGGAUGCAGGGCGGAUGGAAAACGCCGUGGGAUGGUAUCACAGUCACCCGGGGUACGGAUGCUGGUUAUCGGGCAUCGAUGUCACUACCCAGGAUAUGCAGCAACUCGGCGGGCCGUUUGUUGCAGUGGUGGUUGAUCCCGAGCGGACUAUCUCGGCGGGGAAGGUGGAUAUCGGUGCGUUUCGCACGUUCCCGAAGGACUAUACCCCGCCCAAGGGUCAGCAGGAGGAUGAUGAGUAUCAGACGGUGCCGUUGAGUAAGGCGGAGGAUUUCGGUGCGCAUGCUUCGCAUUAUUAUUCCCUGGAGGUGUCGUUGUUCAAGAGUGCUUUGGACUCGGAGAUUCUGUCGCUUCUGUGGAAUAAGUAUUGGGUGGCGACGCUGAGUCAGAGUCCCUUGUUCACGACGCGGGAUUAUGGGAGCAAGCAGAUGGUGGAUUUAAGUCAGAAGGUGAAACGGGCCACGCGGGGUAUCGAGAGUAAUGCUUCUCGGGGCAAUCUAUCGCAGGUCAAGGAUCAACAGGUGGAGCGAGUGGCACGCGAUGGUCAGCGGAUCGUGUCAGAGGAGGUGAAGGGUCUGUUGGCGGCGGAGGUAAAGAUGAAGCUCUUCCAGGGCAUUGGGGAGGAGAACAACACGAAGACAUAAUCCACUCGACUUGAGAACCCAUGACAGCUAAAGCAGCUCUACGAAUGAGAUGACCAAUUGACGCACACCCUUCCGC